CAGGAAGGCUGGAGUCAGGUGCCCUGGGAAGGGCGCCCACCACGCUGGAUUUGGGUUGGAGGUUGGCUCACCAACCCAGCUGCCCCACCGCAGGCCUCAGUUUCCCCAUUUGGCCAAGACAGAGAGAAGAUGGCUAGAAAUCAGGGGUCCUGCUCGGCCCGCCCCCGGGGGUGGGGCUGGGAGUGGUCACGUGAAGGGGCGCCGCGCCCGGGGUCUCCCUCCCACUCGACGUCUGGAGCUGUAGCCCGGAGUCAGCAAGGACGCCGUGAGGGCUGCAAAAGCGCCGCCACGCCGAGGCUGCUGAGGUCACGGUCGCCGGGGCCUGAGGGCUCGCUGUUCCGCCCGCUCUCUGAUAGCUGUGCGGGUGGCUGGACCCGCAGCGGCGACAGCGACGACAGCAGCAACAGCAGCGAGGACUGGAGCGCGGGCAGCAACAGCAGCAGCAGCCACGCCAGCAGCGACACCAUGGAUCUGUCUUUUAUGGCCGCGCAGUUGCCCAUGAUGGGAGGAGCGUUCAUGGACUCACCCAACGAGGACUUCAGUACCGAAUACUCCCUGUUCAGCUCCCCUGCCAACAUCCACGCAACCUCCAAUGGCCACGGCCAGCCAGAGGAGUCUCCUCGCUCCUCCAACGAUGCUGUUCUGCUAUGGAUUGCUGUCAUAGCAACACUGGGGAACAUCGUGGUGGUCGGGGUGGUGUAUGCCUUCACCUUCUGAAGGC